UCCUCCUUCCCUUCCUUUCCAUGUCACUCUGCUCUCUCCUCGCCCCGCCCACUCCCAAGGCUCCGUCCCUUUCAGCCUUCCCAAGGCCACGCUUUCUAGGAAAGCCGCCGCAUCCCCUUGUUGUUCUCCCUCCACGACACCCUCUCUUUCUCCGCCGGCCUCUUUUCCCUCGGUCUCCCUCCCUCCCGCCAUCUCACGGCCCGCUUUCUGAUUGGCCGCGUCUGUCACGUGCUCCUGGUACCCACUUAGUUUUCCUUUCUCUCCGCCCGGCGGCGGCGGCGGCGGCUGGUGCCGGGGCGGCUGUAACCGGUUUGGGGCAGGGAGAGGCUUAGUCGUCAGCACACAGUGCACCGGGGUUUCUGGCUCGUCACCUCCGUCGUUAUUCUCCUCGAGCCCGAGGUUGACCGAGAGGAAGCUGCUGGAGGUGGGAAGAGGGAGCGCGGAUCGGCACCACCGCCGUCAUCAUAACCCUUAUAAUCCGCCCAUCCUCUGAAGCCCUCACAGUGCCGCUCCUUGGGCAGAGUACAGCAGCUGUUGAACAACAUUCACAAGUAUGGCACCUUGUCGCAUUACCUUUGAAAUCAGAGGAAUAUCGCCACCAGGAGAGGUUCUGGCAAUAUGUGGAAGCUGUACCUCUCUGGGAAAUUGGAAUCCCCAAUGUGCAGUAAUCCUUCAGCCAGAGGAAGAGGCUGGUGAUGUUCUGCUAUGGAGAGCUACAGUUGACCUUCCAAGAGGACAUGAUAUUGAAUAUCGAUAUUUUCAAGGGAGUUUUUUAGAACCCCAGAAUACCGAUGGUCCAUGCCAAGUCAUAAUUCACAAGUGGGAGACUCAUCUACCACCACGAUCAAUAACCCCUUUAGAGGACAUUUCCAUUGAUGAUGGGCACUUUGGAAUCUUUGAUGAUGUGGAAAGUACUGAUUCUGGAUGGCUGACGUGUCAGACAGAAAUAAGACUGCGCCUGCACUUUUCUGAAAAACCUCCUGUAUCUAUAACUAAGAGAAAAUUUAAAAAAUCCAGGUUUAGGGUGAAACUCACCCUUGAAGGCUUGGAGGAGGAGGGUGAAGAUGAUGAGGAUGACAGACUAACGCCAACACUUCAUCAAAAAAUGGCAAACACGUUGGAGAUCUCAGUAAUAAGUGAUACUGAAUUCAAAUCUCGACAUUCUCAGCCAGAAUGUGGUUAUGGUCUGCAGCCUGACAGAUGGACAGAAUAUACUAUACAGACCAUGGAACCAGACAAUUUGGAAUUAAUCUUUGACUUUUUUGAGGAAGAUCUUAGUGAAGCAGUGAUUCAAGGCGAUGCACUUCCAGGGCAUGUGGGCUCUGCAUGUCUGUUGUCCUCCACUAUUGCAGAAUCGGGAAAGAGCUCUGGUAUUCUCACUCUUCCUAUUAUGAGCAGAAUUUCACGAAAAACAAUUGGAAAAGUUAGAGUUGACUACAUGAUUAUUAAGCCAAUUCAAGGAUAUUUCUGUGAUAUGCAAGGUUCAUAUGCCAAAUACUGGAGAUCCAGAACAGGACUCGAUGUUGGGCAUAGGGGUGCAGGAAACUCUACAACCACCACUAAACUUGCUAAACUUCGAGAAAAUACUGUUGCUUCUUUGAAAAAUGCUGCUAGACAUGGGGCAGCCUUCGUAGAAUUUGAUGUACACCUUUCCCGGGAUCAGAUCCCCAUCAUAUAUCACGAUCUCACUUGCUGCAUUGCAAUGAAAAAGAAAGAUGAAUCUGAGCCGUUGGAACUGUUUGAAAUUCCCGUUAAAGAGCUCACAUUUGCCCAACUACAGCUAUUAAAGCUGGUACAUGUGACUGCAUUGAAAUCUAAAGACAGCCAAGAAUCAUUUAAAGAAGAUGAAAAUGCUCCUUCUGACAUGCAACCAUUCCCCUCCCUACAAAUAGUACUAGAAAGUAUUCCUGAAAGUGUUGGGUUUAACAUAGAAAUUAAAUGGAUCUGUCAGCAAAGGGAUGGUUUAUGGGAUGGCAACCUUUCAACCUACUUUGACAUGAACCUCUAUCUAGACAUAAUUUUGAAAACUGUUUUGGUCAAGGCUGGAAGUAGGAGAAUUAUAUUUUCUUCAUUUGAUGCAGAUGUAUGCACAAUGGUCAGACAAAAACAAAAUAAAUAUCCAAUAUUAUUUCUAACUCAAGGAAAAUGUGAAACUUACCCAGAACUCAUGGAUCUCAGGUGCCGCACAACAGCUAUUGCCAUGAGUUUUGCGCUGUUUGAAAAUCUGCUGGGGAUCAAUGCACACACAGAAGAGUUGCUACACAAUCCGUCAUUUGUUGAAGAAGCCAAGUCAAGUGGCUUAGUUGUCUUCUGCUGGGGUGAUGAGACAAAUGAGCCAGAGAACAGGAAGAAGUUGAGGGAAUAUGGGGUUCAUGGUCUGGUAUAUGACAGGAUUUAUGACUGGAUGCCUGAACAACCAAAUAUAUUCCAGACAGAGCAGCUAGAACGGCUGAGGCAGGAAGUACCGGAGCUAAAAAGCUGCAUUUGCCCCACUGUGAGCCAUUUUAGUACUAUAGGCCUGUGUAAGUGUAGUAGUAGCGCCUUAAAAUCAAGAGAGACAGAAAGUUCAAACAGUUUCUAGUGAGCUGCACACAGAAAGGAAUGCUGUUUGGUACGCACAUCCAAUUCUUUCCACUGAACAAUGCUAGGUAUGCCUCACUGUUCUUGCAUCCAAAUGAAGCAAUAACAAAUGGUCCACUGUAGAAUAUUAGAUUAUUGCUAGAUUGUCUAAGUCAUUGCUAAGAUGCUUGGUCAGUGCAAUUAUUGGUUGACUAUGUUGUGAACUGACCAGUUAAGAUGGAAUCUGUGUAUUGUAACACAGGCACCUGGUUUCUGAGCAAGCUGAAGUUCAAUGGUUGCCUAAAUUGCUAGGAUCUAAGCUGCCAAAUAUCACUGUUUAAUUGAUUUGACUCCAAUACUAGUGGAGACGACUGUACUGUAUAAGAUUAUAUUUGGCCUGGGGGGAAAGGUACCUCAGUUGUGUGCAUUUGCACCGAUGCAUGCAUCUAUUCAAACAGGUGUGCCAUCACAUUGCAAGACUGCAAUUAUAUACUUUCUUUUUUUUCCCGUUGCCUUCAGGUUGCUGCUAUCUUGUCUUUAUUUUGCCAGAUACAAUGAUGAAUGGUGUAUUCUGUUUAGCAAUCUACAGGGGUAUAGUACCCCUCCUCCACUGUUUUGUAUCUGAAUUUUGCUGAAGCUCAGAAUGUUUCAAUCAGUAUAAGCCAAAUUGCCAGUGUCUGACUAUAGAUUUUUUUUUAAAAAAAGAGUAUCAUUGUCCUUAAAUGUUAAAGGCACAGAUGCACAAUAUAAAAGCCAGUAAGUAAGUACUAAGCAUGAAGCUCUUGUAUGCAGCAGUCCUUGUGCCCUUGUGGUGCUAUAUGAUGCAAGGGUAGUAAGGGCUGAAUAAAAAUGCUUAAAUCUUUGUUGUCGAAAAAACAUAAGCCCUUUAUAUGCAGAUAGAGAAAUGAGGUUUUUUUACAAUCUCAUUCUUUUAUUUCUGGCCACUAGCAGAUGUAUUUAAAAAAAGAAUGUUAGAUUCAAUUUUCAAAAUGUAAUAGGGUCUCAGUCUUUAACCCCUGUGUAUAACUUAUUCAGAAAUUAUGAUAUAUAGUAUUUUGUCACAUACGUAUGUUUGCAUGUACUUAAACCCAUACCUCUCUACAGUACCAGGUAAUUGAAACUCAAGCAUCUGUAUCUUUUUACUGAAGUGUUAAAUGCAUAAUUAAAAUGAAUAUAUAUAUAUUUAUUUUCCUUCUAUGGCAUAUCAGCAAUUGAAACAGUCACUUGUAUAAUAUGAAUCUUGUCACUGCUGUACAAAGCUGAUUAUAUAAAAGUUCAAUAAAUGCAAGUAUAUGUACAUGGUUUUUGGUCUGUACUUCUGAGCUGUUUCAGGGAGGCAGUUUGUCUUGAUUCCUUUGUAUUGAACUUCCUUUUGUCCUCUACAAAUUGCAGUCUUCAAGUCUCUGGGAAUGAUCUUAUUUUAAAAAUAAAACGCAUUUUAUAUCUAAA